UGCGACAAAACCAGUAUUUACUCAAAUAACUUUAACAAUUAAGAUAAAAUUUAAUUCCCCAAAGUUUGAAAACCUAAAAUUAAGAAAUCAAUGACAGAAUUUAGCAUGUGAAUUCUGUAAUAGCGCUAUCCAUUUCUCACUUUGAAUUUUGAACUUCACUCUUUUUCCUUUUACUUCUGUUUCUCUUUCUUCAACAUUCUCCAUAUCCAUUUACUCAAAUAGUACCUAACUUAGCUUUGAUUACUCAACAAAUCAAUCAUUCCCCAAUUUCAAAAGCUUACAUCUCUUUUUCUGAAGACAUAAUAAAGCAAAUCAGGUAAAGGGAUUUGAGGCACCAAAAUAUGCAUGUAUCUAGAGAUAGAUUGUCAAGACCAGUUGACAUAUCUUCUAUGCUCCAAAAUGCCCAACGCCAAGUUAACCUUGUAGUAGAUGUACCUGGGUUGCAAUGGAAGGGUUUAUCUACCAAGAAAGUGUCGACAAGGCGACAUAUCGGAGCUCAAAAAUCAGUGCAUCAACGAUAUGUCAAUCGAUCUUGGAUUGAUAAAGAGAAUCAAAGGCCAAGGACGCUACACGGCCAAGGCAAAGGCAAAGGCAAAGGCAAAGGGAAAGGGAGCAUUUUACCUUCUUGGUAUCCUAGGACACCUCUAAGGGACAUCACUGCAAUUGUUAGAGCUAUAGAGCGGAAAAGAGCCAAGCUUUAUGAUGAUCAGACAACAGAAGCUGCUCAGCAUGAAGCAGAAGCAUCAGUAAGUAACACUGAUCAACUUAAGAAUGAGAUAACUAAAUCAUCAUCCAUUCCACAAGUAUGUAGACUUGUUGAUGAGAAAGGAAAUGAAACUGAUGAUUCUUCUACCCCACAAAAGAAAUUGUUAAACUCAAUAGAACAAGUCAGCCAAAUUUGGUUGGAAGAUCGCCUGAAAUUUGAGAAGACUCCGGCUGCUAAAAAGGCUGAAAGGAAGGAAAGGGUUCGUGUUUUGAUGUCCAUGCGAUGAACAUGUACUUCAUCUGUCCCAUAGAGAUUGCAACAAUUUUUCACGAAAGUGUGACGAAUUUGUACUUCAUCUGUUCCGAUGAGAUUGUUACGAUGCAUAAUGUAGCAAUUUCAAUGGAAUAGAUGAAAGGAAGGAAAGUGUUCGUAUUUUGAUGUCCAUGCUGUGAACGUGUUCCAUUGAGAUUGCAAGAUCUCUUCACGAAAAAGCGAUGAACCUAUACUCCAUAUGUCCCAUUGAUAUUGCAACAUUUCUUCACGAAAGCUCUCACAUAGAGAUGCGUAAUGUUGCAAUUUCAAUGAAAUAGACAAGUAGUUCCUGUAUAAAGGGGAUGGCAUUUGGGAUGUUAUGCCCUGCUAAGUUAUUUCUUGGAUUAGUUUCUGCUAACAGUUGUAGACUUGUAGUUCUUUGUAAGUUGUAACAGUAAGAUUAGAAGUUCAACCGUUAAUGUACUCUUCCGUCUCUUUGAGUUUGCUACUAUAAGUGUUAUCGUGAGGGAAAAUGUCACUUUCAGUAGCAAACUCAAAGAAACAGAAGGAGUAUUUACUUAGACAUCAUUUAAUUGUAUGGUCCCUUAGAGGCGAGCUGAUGUAGGAAUAGAAUAUCCAAUUAGAUGAGGUCAUGAGGAUAUGACCCUUAUUCUAGUCCUUAGAACAUGGAAGGCUGGAAGUUGAAGUUGUACUCUAGGUUGUUACAGUACAACUGUACAAUCACUUUGUUUUUGUACAUAAUGUGGUGUAAAGUGUUAAGUGUGUCUUUUCUUUUUAAUGAUUCUAUUAAUUUUGUGCUUG